UGAUACUAGGCACUCUCCUGGCAAUAGCCCAUGGAAGCAGUCUCCCUAUUGCGAUGAUAAUUUUUGGUGAGAUGACUGAUAGCUUUGUUGCUUCUGGAAACUCAAGUUUUACAGAAGACGUUUCUGGAGUUAAUUCAUCUUUAUAUAUUCUUAACAAAUUGGAAGAAGAUAUGACAAGAUAUGCAUACUACUAUUCUGCAAUAGCAACUGCUGUUCUUUUUGCUGCUUAUAUCCAGACUUCGUUUUGGACACUAGCAGCAGGCCGGCAAAUAAGAAAAAUUAGACAAAAAUUUUUUCACUCAAUUAUGAGACAGGACAUUGGAUGGUUUGAUGUAAAUGAUGUGGGAGAACUUAACACUCGUCUUCAAGAUGAUGUCUCCAAGAUCAAUGAAGGAAUAGGUGACAAAAUUGGAUUGCUUGUACAAUCACUAACAACGUUUGUAGCAGGAUUUGUUGUUGGUCUUAUAAGAGGAUGGAAGUUAACCCUGGUAAUACUAGCAGUCAGUCCUGUCCUAGGAAUUUCAGCAGCCCUCUGGGCAAAGGUUCUCUCUACUUUCACUGACAAAGAACAAGCUGCAUAUGCAAAAGCAGGUGCUGUUGCAGAGGAAGUUCUGUCAGCAGUCCGUACUGUGAUAGCUUUUGGAGGACAGGAAAAAGAAAUUAAAAGAUACCAUAAAAAUUUGGAAGAUGCUAAACAGAUUGGAAUAAAAAAGGCUAUUACAGCAAAUAUUUCUAUGGGUGCUGCUUUCUUACUUAUAUAUGCAUCAUAUGCACUGGCUUUCUGGUAUGGAACUACCUUGGUCAUAACUGAUGAUUACACUAUUGGCAAAGUUCUGACAGUCUUUUUCUCUGUAUUGAUUGGAGCUUUCAGUAUUGGACAGACCGCUCCAAGCAUAGAGGCAUUUGCUAGUGCAAGAGGAGCUGCCUACGCAGUCUUUAAUAUCAUAGACAAUGAACCUCAAAUUGACAGUUAUUCGGAGACGGGUUACAAACCAGACUACGUUAAAGGGAACGUGGAAUUCCAAAAUGUUUACUUCAAUUAUCCAUCCAGACCAGAUGUUGAG